AUGCGUGUGCUUCUCUCGCUUGUACUUAUUCGGAGUGUCAUCAGCGUUCCGAUGUCGGAACAUGAAACGAACCGAUUCGAUCCAAGGAAGCCAAUUCAAGGUGCCUUCUUUGUAAGCGGCAACACCGAUCCACUCAAUAUAGCAAAAUUUCGAUUUCCCCAAAAGGCACUGAUUAUGAAUCGUGGAAUGUUUUCAUUCUCACCGUACAAUUCGGCGGCAUCUACUGAUGCAACCACAACUAUCGCAGCACUCGCAGUCGCACCAUCAGCACCUGAACCCGCUGCACCUGCACUUGCACUAGCAGACGUUCUUGCACCUCCACUACACUCUCAACUAGCUAGAAAACCGGUGCAGGGUGACAUGACAGUGAUGAGAACGCCUGAUGUACUGCUACCAGAACAGCACGCAACCAACCUAAUAUCACCGUAUGCGUCAGCUCUUGAUGAACAACAACUCAUCACAACCACUCAGACUAUACCUACUAUCUCAGUUGUUGAGCAGAAAACCGUAUCUACAAUUACCACAUCUCAACCACUUCCUGUUGCUUCUAACAUGAUGCCAGUCGACAAGAAUGUCGAUCUGGAUGGUGAUGGCCGACUGAGUCUUCCUGAGGUACAGUACGCCGCGUUUGUCCACCAUGGAUUAUCAGGCAGUGUCGUUCAAGGCUUAUUCAGCGAAGUUGAUCGUAACAAGGAUGGUUUUCUGGACUCGGCCGAAUUUGACAACAUCCGUCCGCUGGUACUGGCUAAGGCUGAAAACGCGGCACUCCGAUAUAUGCAGAGUGUCGACACCGACAAGAAUAAAAUGCUGUCAUUGGAGGAAGCACAGGCUUACAUAUUGAAGGAGCACGGAAUAGGUUUUCGUGAUGUGGAACGUGUUUGGCGUUUAGUCGUUCCCCGUACGUCAGCUGAAAUGGACGCGCUACAAUUCAGUAAGCUACGUCGUCGUAUUCGCGGUAUGACUAUCAGACUCGCAAGGCAGAUUAUGAAGAAUGCUGACACCAACGGAGAUGGCCAUAUCUCAUUAGAAGAGGCUCAAGCGAUAGCUUUUGAACAAGAAGGUAUCGGAGCGGGAGACGUUGCUCAGAUGUUCGCUAGCGUUGAUGACAACAAUGAUGGUGAACUGAACGCGCCAGAAUUCGCUGAUUUUGAACGAAUUGUUCGAUCGAAAGCGGAUCUCGCUCCAUUUUUUGCCCAAGCUGAUGAGAAUGAGGACGGUCAUCUGGAUGCCGUCGAAUUUGCUGGAUUCCGUUCAGUGAUUCGCAACAAGGCCGUACGCAAUGCUAUCGAAGUGCUGAAGGAAAUCGAUCUUGACGGCGAUGGAUUGGUGAGCUUGUCGGAAGCUGAAGCGAAAACAAAACGCGAAGAUGACAUGGAUACGCCAGAAACUGCAGUGCUAUUCAAUAUAGCUGAUCAGGGAAGAAGCAUGCAUUUCUAG